AUGGACGAUGUGCCCGAGAAGGGAUGGCACAGCUAUACAUGGCGCAUCUGGGCGCCUGUUGGGCUACUUCGCGCAUACGAAAAUCACAUUCAAGCAAGCAUCAUGCCUGAACAACUGAACCCAGUCGGGGCAGAGGCACACGAAGGUCAUGAACCCGCGCGAAAGGCACAGUCAACAACUCGAAGGAUGACGCCCGAUGUUCCCGUGCUGCAUAACAGAGAUCAAGAGAGUGAACAUACUGAAGACUCUGAGGACCUAGAAUUCAUGGGCAAGAUUGACCAAAAGCCUAGAUCCGAAAGCGAUCAGAGUUCCGUCUUGAGCGAACCUCAGCAACCAGUUCUAAAGGAGUUGAUCAAUGUUCAGCGGCAAGGUAUUUCCAGCGAACAUAAUGUCUUGAAACGAGGAGUUGAGAGUAUCGUGGGUGAACAAGACAUUGGCACAGGACCAAAUAAGAAACAAUUCAAGCUUUCGAUGGCUACGAUUGAUGCCGAAACAAUAGUUCCUGAGAAUCCGCCUGCUGCUAUGUCUUCGCAGCUCCUUCCUUCCAUGAGCGACCGUCAACCAGCACCGGCGCAAACGGUCUGUCAUGAUGUAAGGACGGCUUCCCCCUCAAUUGCGUCUGUUUCCGCGCCCACAGCAAAUACGCCAGCUCCAGAUGGUGCCGUUCUAUCAAGCGUAGAGAAUAUCGACUUGCUUGACCCUCAGCAGAUCACACUCAUAUUUAUGGAUGUGGAUCAAACAAUCAGGGGAGAGUCCAACAUGUACGAAUGCGAUACUGCAUACAACCUGUUCGAUUCGGCAUACGAAGCAGGCAUCAUCGAGAGCGAUACACGUAUGCUUCACAUCGCCAUACCUGCCGGCAAAAACGACAUUCGAAUGAAGGCCAACAACCAGGCAUCUUUCGAGAAGAAGCUACUCGAGCCCUUGAGACAAAUGCAGCUCGCUAGCGCGAAUGAUCCACCCACUGUGUAUGUUAGGAAAGGUUAUUGA